UCUGUUUUCAUGCAUGGAAUGGAAUGGAAUGGGAAUUCUUCUUCUUCUUCAUCCAACUAUAUAACAAAAUUUUAGUGGAAGAGAGAGAGAAUGGACUGAGAGGAGAAGAGACAGAAAGAGCCAUGGUGCAGUUCUGAUUCCUAGCUACUCUCUUCAUCACACACAAAAAUCUUGCUCUUCACAAGAUUUGCUCAAUGAUCGUUUCCUCACGCUAACCAAAUCUGGAAACUUCUCUUUCAAAGAUCAACAGAAUGCAGCAUUCUAGAUAUGUUGAAGUGAUCUUUUUCUGUUCUAACUGAUCGUUUUGAAUUAAUAUCCAAUGGAGGUUUCUAGAGAAAACAAGUUUGUUUGUAACUUUUGUCACAAGAGCUUCACGUGUGGGAAGUCAUUAGGAGGUCAUAUCAGAAUUCACAAGAAUGAGAAAUCACCUCGAGUUGCUGGAAAGGAAAGAAGCAGUAUGUUGAAGUUUCAAGUUCCGAAAGAGAGGAGAAGAAGCAAGAGAGAUUCAGAAUCGGAGGUUGGUAAUGGGAAUUCAGGGUAUGGUUUGAGAGAGAAUCCUAAAAUAACACAGAGGUUUGCUGAUUCAGGAUUCAGUUCAAGGCAGGAGAAGUUUUGUAGAGAAUGUGGACAAGGGUUUCAGUCCUCAGAAGCUUUGAGUUGGCACUUGGCUUGUCACACUGGAAACGAAAGGGAAAACAGAAGGUUUGAAUACAAUUAUGGGAUCACACAUCAUCGAUCGGACAUUCCUGAGAGAGUACGAGAGGCGGCUAUGUGUUUGAUGAUGAUGUCUAAAGCUCCGAGAUUUUCAGGAUUUGAAGAUAACGACUCAGCUGCGGAAUCCUCUGAUAGUAAAUCAUCUUCUCGUUAUUUUAGGGAAAGUGAAACAUCUGCCUCUAACUCUAAUGGGGGAGGGCUAGAAAUGAAGGAAGUUACUGGUAGGAUCAACAAGUUGGAAGUUUAUGAAUGUGGCGGCGGUGAGAAUUCCGACUCUGAAAAUUUCAGGAAAGAAGUCUGCAAGAGGGUUAAAUUAAAAGUGUCUGUUCAUCGGGCUCUUAUGGAUGAAGAAUAUAAGAAACCAGGUUUCAAAUUUGGAGUCAGGGUAGGAAGAGAAAGUGGAGAUAUUCUAAAGAAUUCGAUGAAAACUAAGAAAAAUGAUGAUCAAGUGCAUGCAUCUUCUUACAAGUAUGAGCUAAGAAAGAGGUUGAAGAAUGGAUCAUACAGUCCUGAUCUCUGGGAGGGAUCCAGCAAGAAGAUCCCUAGUGAGAUCUUUCGUUCUCAUGACAGAGAAACCUAUAGAAGAAUGAGCAACGGAUGUGAGUGGACGCAUCAGUCAGGUGAAAACAGCGUAAAUACAACUACCAAUUCCAUUUCCAUACCAUCUAGGGAGCUAAUUGAGUCAAGCAAUGGCAAAAACAAGGGUAACCAGGACACUUUUGCAAAUGAAGAGAAGAAAUUGGGGCCCAAAAGAAAACAUAAGUGCCCAAUUUGCUUCAAAGCCUUCAAAUCAGGUCAGGCUUUGGGGGGUCAUAAGAGGUCCCAUGUGGUCGGAAGUUUAGAGGAUGCUUCUAUAGUGACAAGGCAAGAGUCCAAUGGGAUGGCUGGUCUAUUUGAUCUAAACGUUCCUGCUCCUAUGGAAGAAGAGGAAAAUGGGAGAUGGGGUUAAUUGCAUUAGUAGGUUGGAGGCAACUAGAAAAGAAGGGCUAAGUUGCUGAUGAGUCUGACCAAGAGGAUCCAGGGGCAUAUCUCUACCAAUCCAAUAAUUACAGGCAAGUCUGUGAUAAUUGCUUCUAUCCUGUCCUGAUAAUGUGAGGUACAAAACUUGCAAAUGAAGUUUGUAGGGCAAGUUUUUGGCAUUUGUUUUUUGUCUUUCUCAUUCUUUUAGGUUCCUAAACUUUUUACUCAUUUUUUAUUUUUUGGACACGGACAUAAGAGCUGAAUCCUCCUCUUUUUCAAAUGUAUUGUCAUGUCCAAAUAUUUGGGCUUUAAUUAGCUUGAAGAUGAAGGAGAGAUUACAUAAUUCUUAUAAUGCGAUGUCAAUUUUUUAUAUCCUUCUAAUUUCUAAUGCAGAGAACUCCGGACCAAUUUCUCUAUUUUCCCCUUA